GAACUGAGACGUACGGGGCGAGGAGCAAUGGCAGAGGGCUCGUCCCCAGAGAGGGUCGCCGGACGCCCCGCCUAGGGCGGCAGUGGGAUCCCUUAGCUUCAGGAUUCUUUAUCCCAGACUCUCCUGGGACUACUUAAGAUUUGGCUCCUUGCUGUGGAACACCUCCGAAUCUUUCCUUCUCGUAGCUGGACGCAUCCUUAGGGUCCUGAAACAGGCCCUGCAGCCCAGCUCUCAGGGUCUUAGGGACACUCAGCCAGCUACAGCUGGAUCCACCUGGGGCCCGGCAGGCAAUGCCCUUGACCCAGGGAUGAUCUGCCGGGUUCCCUGCACAAGGAGUCAGGAAAGUCUGCCCUCCAGUCUGCCGCUGCUAAGGGUCAUCUGUUCCUUUCUGGGGAGUCGCCACGCGCACAUUGACGGCUGGCAUUGCUCUGUGCUGUAUUCCCUUGAGUCGUCUCUCUUGUCUUCGGGUGGCUGCAAAUUCGGAUAAGUUUUGCCCGGCGCUGAACACUUGGGUUCCCGGGAGGAGCUUUCUUCUGGUCUCUGUGGACAACUGAUCCCUGAUGCUGCCUUUGUUUAAAGACCAAGACAUUUUGUUGUGCUGCUAUUCCAGCCUGUGAUUCCUGCCGCUGUCAUCAUGAAAAGGCAAUGCCAAUUUCAGCAGUCUUAAGCCCGGUGUGAAACUUUUGUGUGCAUCUACUCACACCACGCCACACCCCCCAUUUGUAGAGAUGUCUGGGGUUGGCCCUUCCUCUGGAUUUGCAGGAAGUGUGGACAAUGGAACUUUUCUGGAGCUGUUUCCCACGUCGCUAUCCACAUCGGUAGACCCGUCCUCGGGCCACCUCUCCAAUGUCUACAUCUAUGUGUCCAUAUUCCUCAGCCUCCUGGCCUUCCUGCUUCUGCUGUUAAUCAUUGCUCUCCAGAGGCUGAAAAAUAUCAUCUCCUCCAGCUCCUCCUACCCGGAGUACCCAAGUGAUGCUGGAAGCUCUUUCACCAAUUUGGAAGUCUGUAGUAUCUCCUCUCAGAGGUCUACUUUUUCAAACCUCUCAUCGUGAAGAAAAUGGAAGGAUAGUCUGAGUGAGCACGGCUUUGGUUUCUCCAUACAGAAGGAACUGCUUCAUGACAGAAAUGACUGUUCGGGCUGGCUUGUGUUCCUCAUCAUUUUUUAUUUCUUUUCUGCUCAGGAUGUGUUUCAUUUAUGAGAGGAGGAGCCAGCGCUGACAGAAAUGUAGGUAAACGUUGAAGUGUGGGAUUCUGCCCAAAGUUCUUGGCCAACAUGGAGGCUGGUCAGCUCUAUGCUGGACGCCACGGACUCAGUUGAGGACUGCUGGGGAUGCUAGUUAGAGGCUCUUCUACACUGCCUCUUCCAAAGCCCUGGGACUAACUGAGCCAGCAGAAAUGUAAAAAAAACAAAACAAAAACAAGGAGACUAUUCAGAAGAUAUUUUCUGUAUUUAAAAGAUAAAGCAGAGACGGCAUAUGAGAGAUAGAGGGAGGGGGGAGAGAGAGAGAGAACUUAGAUUUAACAUAUAAAGUUUCCAAAUGGAGGUUAAAAUAGGCUAAAUGUUUUUCUCUAGUUUCACCUUAGCAAAUGUCACAGACGAAGAGAAGAAGUCAUUUGGGAACGUUCUGGGGGAGUUGAAAGCUUCAACAGCGCAGGGAAAGUGUGUCGCCUUGCAGUUGCACUGCUUUUCUGCUCCUGGGUUUGCUCUGGGCUUCUUUUGCAGUCAUCAUGCUCUCCGGCUAUGGAAUCCUUUGUGGCAGUUGCUGUUGCCAUUACUAAAUGAAGCACAGAAGAGGCGCAAUUCAUUUUUAGUUCCUUACUAUCGUUUCCAUCCAGUAGGAAUUAAACGUAGAGAAAUAUUUGUUCCGUUGAAUUUUAUAGAGUAAUACUCUUAGCGGCUGUGUGAGCCUUCACUGCAUCUGUCUUUAAAGCUUUCCUGCAGAACAACAUUGUCUCUAGGGAGGCAGGUAUUUGCUCACCCUAGUUUGCAAACCUUGGGGACUAUAUUGCUGAUAUUUGUGUCACACUCCAUGAACGUGAUGUGUCUCUGAUAACUUGUUUAUGUUGACAAAAUACUCUGCACUGGGUUUCUAAGGGUGAGAGUUUAUGCUAAAAGCUGCAGACACUGCAGUUGGGUCGCUGCACAUACUUCUGGGCUGCUGGAAGCUACUAUACUGAAGCCAACCACGGGUGUCCCUGAGAUGAGGCACAGCUGUGAGCACAAGCAUGGUGUGUGCAGGGAAUCGAGAAAGGCCAAUUAUAGCUUCUUAUGGAUAAGAACUUAAACUCAAUUUUUUAAAAUAAAUGGCCCACAGCCUGAACACUGAGCUGGGUAAACCCUGGGUGCCACUGUGCCAAUACACUAGUCUUUCUUGGGCAAACCAGUUAUCCCCUGUUCAAAAAUUUAAUAAUCUUAAACACUGGAACUUCAACGCGUCCCUUGGAUGGACUGUGCAGUCAGAACUCCCCAGGGACAGGAAUGGAAGAAAGAGUUCAAUAUUUUACAGGCCCUGCCUGACAGCCAAGGCAUGUGGAGGUUUGGAAACUGGAAAGGAAGAUCAAAAGCUGCUUCCUUCUUUUUUACUCCACAAUCAAAUCAGGACAUACUUAGCUACUUACAUAUCAAAACCAUCCACAGACACCACUGGACCAGGACAGAUACUGUCCUAAAAUGCUGUCACUGAAAGUGUGACUCAAUGCAUCGUAGAGUCUUAGAGAAGUUCUGCAUUUGGGCGGUUAUUGCCAUUCUCUGAGUUUCUGUGGGCACAUGUACACAUGUAACGGUAUACACACAGUGUGUACACACAGCUACAUGUAUGUCUGCACAUAUUUCCAGGGGAAAGUUAUGUGACAGCUAUCAGGAUUACAGAAGCAUCAGUAAUGUUACUGCUACUCUUUUGAUUAUUCUUGUGCUAUUUUGGUCCUGAGGUUAUUGGUUAAAGAGAUUUUAAUGAGUGAAAAGACAAACAUCUCAUAUGACAGACAACCUGGUUAGGCCUUGUUCUGGGGAGGGAGCUUUCUAUCCUUUUCUACUGGAAUAGAUUCAAAGACUUCAGGCAGGAAAACUACUUAAGUCAAAUCCCCUCACCUCUGCAGGCACACUGCCCCAGCCACAUGAUUUCUGCUCCCCAUGAUAACUGGAAUAAUUACCAGCAAGAAGCAAAGAUAGAAAAUAGGAGUCACCACUAAACACUGUACCAGUUGAGAUGAGUUGGUCUCAUUGGAAAGGUUCAGAGAGACUGGAAAGCAGGUCUAUGAAUAAAGAGGUGCAGUCUGUUGAAAACCCGA